AACCUGAGGAUCUUUCUGCUCGAAGAAAGUCCACUCUCCUCACCAGAGACCUCCAGCUCUGUCCCAGAUGCUACUCCAACCCCGAUCCAAGGCCACACCAUUCUGUCAGCUUUGAACACAUCUUUGGCCGGCAAUGCCAAUCUUACCAAUUCCAUUUCCACACCAGAAGCACCAAGGGCCACUAUCUGGUCUACUCCACUCCCAAUCCAAAGUCAUAAAAGCACCGCAGUGACAUCUUGGACGACUAACUCCAAUCCUACCAGGCUGGUCUCCACAGCAGACCCUCCCCAAUCAACGAGAUCCGGCUCUGAGUCGACGCCAAUCCCGACCCAAAGUCACAGACCUCCUCCAGGUUUUGGGACAACUCCAACGCGAGAACCCCCUGAGCUACCAAGUUCGCCUCCAGUAACGAGUCCUCCAGCUUUCGGAACAACGGUAAGGCCCGGAGCUCCUACUGCUACGAGAAGCCCGAGCUCCACCUCAGCGGGAACGUCCUCGAGCCCGACGACCACUCGGGCGCCUUGCAUCAGCCCGAAGAAUCCCCCCGUCUCGGAGAACCAGUCGUGCUCCCCCCGUGGCGUGGUGAAGCCCUGCCUGGUGGCCAUCGCCUGCCUGGCCGCCCUGGCCACCAUCUUCAUGGUAUCCACUAUCGUCCUCUGCGCCAAACUCUCCACCAGGAAUUACAAGCCGAGGAAGGCCCAGGACCAGACGGAGAUGACCUUCAUGUCGUCGCUUCUGCCCGAGAGGAACUACGAAGGCGUGAGGCGGCAGCGCAGCCCGGUCUCCAACGGAGUCUUGGUGCUUCACAGCGCCGGCGGCGGGGACAGCGACGAUGACAUGGACGACAACCUCACCCUAAGCAGCUUCCUUCCGGAGGGUGACAGGUGUGUUUAGAAAGGCCGACUUUGUCCGGAUGGAUGGUUUGCUGGUUGACUUUGGCGCCAAUGUUCUGGCUAAGUCCUGAUUGGUGUCAAGGAACUAUGUUGAUCUCACAUCUCUACCAAGAGACAAAAGAAACGAUUGGAGGACAUAAAGCAGCUGAAUGUAGCCUAGGUUCUUUGUGUAAAUGCUAAGUGGCUAAAUGCUGAAUAA